GAGAGAGAGAGAGAGAGAGAGAGAGCGAGAGAGAGAAAAAGAGAGAAAGAGAGAGAGAGAGAGAGAAGAGAGAGAGAGGGGAGGAGGCGGACACUCUGUAGCAGCAGGUUUGUGAGCGCAGAAGCCGGAGGAGGAAUCGGAGCGAGAGAAACAGUGUGGCUGCAGUGAGGAAGGAGAGACACAUACAGAGAGAGAAGGACAGAAAGAACGGCCUCACCUUUUUGCUGACCCAUGAAAGAAGCCAUGCCGGUCCUCUCAGCAGGCACAGGCCUGCACGAGACUCUGGCCCUGCUGACGUCCCAGCUGCGUCCUGAUGCCAACCACAAGGAGGACAUGGUCUUCCUCAAAGACGUCUUCAGUGAGAAGAGCCUGGGCUACCUAAUGAAGAUCCAUGAGAAGCUGAGACAGUACGAGCGCCAGAGUCCUACCCCUGUCCUUCACAGCGCCGCCUCUUUGGCUGAGGAUGUGGCAGAGGAGCUGCAGAGUGGACCAAUGAGUGUUGAGGAGAAGGAACUCCUACAGCUGUUGACGUCCCCCCAUCUCAAGGCAGUUUUAUCUGUUCAUGACACGGUUGCUCAGAAGAACUUUGACCCCGUGUUGCCACCGCUGCCUGACGACUUCGAGGACGAGCUGGAGGAGGAGUCAGUGAAGAUCGUCAGACUGGUCAAGAACAAGGAACCACUGGGGGCCACCAUCAGACGGGAUGAGACCACAGGGUCUGUGAUCGUGGCCCGCAUCAUGAGGGGCGGGGCUGCAGACCGGAGUGGACUGGUCCAUGUAGGAGACGAGCUACGGGAAGUCAACGGCAUCUCCAUCAUUCACAAGAGACCUGAUGAGAUCAGUCAGCUUCUGUCCCAGUCUCAGGGCUCCAUCACCCUGAAGAUAAUCCCAGCCAUUAAGGAGGAGGACCAUCUGAAGGAGAGCAAGGUCUACAUGAGGGCCCUGUUUGACUACAUCCCUGCUGAUGACAAGGCCACGCCCUGUCAGGAGGCGGGACUUCCCUUCAAGCGAGGUGACAUCCUGCAGGUGGUAACCCAGGACGACCCCACCUGGUGGCAGGCCAAACGGGUGGGCGACAGCAACCUCCGUGCUGGACUCAUCCCCUCCAAACUCUUCCAGGAGAGACGGCUGGCUUACCGGAUAAAAAUGGGAACACUUCCGAACCCUAAAUCCCCUAAAAAUCCUACCUAUGACCAGGGAUGUGACAAAGAGGACUGUGAUUGUGAGGGCUAUUUCAAUGGACAGUACAUAGUCUCUCCUAAGUGUAAAGCAGUGGCGCCCUCCUGUGGUCAGGUGUUUUCCUGGGAAUUUUAUUCAGCGGGUCUGAGGAGGAGUUUCCGUCUGAGCCGGAAGGACCGGUCAGGAUCCCUCGGAGGAGGGGCCACCCGCGACCCCACCGAUCCAGACUUUGCCACCUACGAGGAGGUGACUCGCUACCAGCACCGGCCCAACGAGAGACCCCGCCUGGUGGUUCUGAUUGGCUCCCUAGGAGCUCGUAUCAAUGAGCUGAAACAGAAGGUGAUAGCAGAGAACCCACAUCGCUACGCUGUGGCCGUACCGCAUACCACCAGGCCCAAGAAGCCUCAUGAGAAGGAGGGGGUGGAGUACCACUUUGUCACCAAACAGGCGUUUGACGCAGACGCUCUGAGCAACAAGUUCAUAGAGCAUGGGGAGUACAAGGAGAACCAGUAUGGUACCAGUAUAGAGGCCAUCCGCUCUGUACAGGCCAAGAACAAGAUGUGCCUAGUGGACGUGCAGCCAGAGGCUUUGAAGACGCUGCGGACAUCUGAGUUCAAGCCCUAUGUCAUCUUCGUCAAGCCACGCGUCCCGGAGAGCAGGCGCCGUCGUAGUGCUGCCACCUCACCAGCAGGGGGAGAUCAUGGGCGAGUGACGGAUGAGGACCUGCAAGAAAUGCGUCAGUCAGCCCAGCAGAUGGACCAGCAGUACGGCCACCUGGUUGACCGGGUCCUAAUAAAGGAGGACUCAGCCAGCGCCUGCACAGAACUCCGAGGCAUUCUGGAGCGGCUGGAGCGUGAGACCUUCUGGGUGCCCCUCUGCUGGGUGCGGACCUAACCAACCUUUCCCCAACCACCACCCUCCAGAGGGGGGAUCACAGCCCCCCAAGCCCUUCCUCCAGCAGGACCCCUACCCUACCCCCUCAUCCCUUUCCUGAUCUCCUGGAUCCCUUCCCCUUGGCUCCAUGGGCCAGCCUGUGGGGUGUGGAAGAUACUGCCCCAAAACCUGGCCUAAUACCUGAUGCUGGGCCAGCCACACACUGGCACUAUGGGAGAAGGGCAUGCGGCAAAACCCUUUGGAACAUUUCUGUGUUUGGGAUGUUCAGAGGGAAAGACUGUUGUGUCCCACCCCCCCCACACACACACACGUACAGUACAUGCAAUCCAUUGUUCAAAUUCAGGUUUUUCAUAUAUUUAUUAAACUUUUGUUAUUAUUAUUUAUGUCAUAUUAUUUAUGUCAGACAGACAGACAUCUUUAUUGUGGCUCCAUAUGGAGUGUCAUCUGUAGCUUUCUUUGGCCCGCAGUGUCUAGUACUUGAGUUCCCCUUAAUAUAAUAAUAUAUGCCAUUUAACACACACUUUUAUCCAAAGCGACUUCAAGUCAAAACAAUUGUACAGGAAUCCUGCAGGAAAUCCAACACAAUUCCUUCACAAAGACAUUACUAUUUUGUAAGGUUUCCUCACUUAGUGUUUCCUCGCCUAUUUCCGUUGCUCGUUGAUACAAUGCAUUCUGAGUGAGGCCUAGCCAUUGAUAUUAUAAUGUUAUUGAAAUGUUAUCCAAAAUCCAAUCCACCUGCUUCCAUUAUACCUGGAGAAUUAGUAUAAAUACAUACGUAGUAUUAUUAACCAACACACUCUGUAAAUAGUACAGUAGGAUAGAUCUAAUGGUACAGAAAUUUGGAAUGUGAAAUAGAAUAUUAUUUCAUAAUGCUUUUUUUUUAUAAAUUAUUUUAUGACUUGGAUGUGUUUUAAGGAAGUGCACGACAGUUGAAUUAUUUAAUCGCAGAUGUAAAUAUUGCACAUGCAAAUCCUACCGUGCCAACGAACGAUCUCAUAGCACUUCAAUGCAACCUGUUGAACUUCGACCCUAAGUGUCUAAUCCUGUCUAAUCUACAGUUGGUGUGAAUUACUUCAGUUCUGAGACUCUGGAUGUGUGGAUGUCAUGUACAAGUGCACUAAAACAUGCUAUGCUCCUUUUUGUGUACAUAGGAAUGUCCUUUAUAUAGCUGACGUCAGACACUUUUAAGAUGCAGGUGCAGUGUGGGUAAUAGGGUUUUGGGGAGGGGGGGGGGGGGUGUUCUAUGGUCCAUCUUGAUAAUCAGGGUCCUUGUUAAAUUGUUCUGUAUGAGUAUUUAUCUACAAGUGAGGACUCUGGGAUUAGUGGGACAUGGACUCAUCCAAGUGUGAUUGUGGGUUGGUCUGCUCCAAGUGUGAUUGUGGGUUCAAGCCGUCAUUAUAAAUACACACAGACGUGACGUGUUUCUUUUAUGUUAUCUUGGUGUUUACAGAAACAAUGUUAAAAGCCAUUUCAAGGUUACAAGGUAAUACACAAGACAAAAAACAAUGACUCGCGCUAGUCAAACUGUUGUUACUUGACUGAAGCAAUCAGAAAGGUUUUGUGAAACUCCACCUGUUCUCAGUCUGUAUAUUGGCUCUGUCGCUCUGAGCUACUGGUGAUCUUUGAGUAGAGGCAUCAAAGCUCUGUGCUCUUUCUUUGUGUGUGGGUGUGGGUGUGGGUGCGUGGAUUUCAAGUCUUGUUUCAUUGCGGAGAACUGAUAAACUAUCAACAGGAACUUCCAGAUCCUCCUUUGUCAUCCUGUUCUCUUUUUAACAAUGUAAUGUGUUCUUAAUCUUUUACUGUGCUAUGUAAACCAAGAAACCCAGAAUGUUGACUUUGUAACGUGACAUGUAUAAAGUGCCAUAGUAAAACCAGAUGAAGCAAGUGCUA